GACAAUGACUGAUAUUAUGAUAUUAUGAUAUCCAAAAUUGAAGACGUUAUGAAGUCUCAUGUCACGUUCUCAGUAUGAUUUCGACAUGUUGUCCACCUCUAACGUGUCUGUCUCGUCCCCUCCAGGCUCACCCUCCGUCCUCCCCGCCGCGUCCCUUCAGACUCCCGUCGUCACAGUCCGACCUCCGUCCCCGGUCCCCUCCACCCUCCCCCCCCCCCCCCCUCUGUCCGGCCUGCAGUCCUUCACCCUGUCCCCCCUGUCUUCGCAGCCCCGCCCCGCCUCUGGUUUCCUGUCUCAGAAGGGGACGUGCACCUUUAAAAUCCUCCCCGCCAACAGCAGCAGGGACCCCAUCAUUGUAACCUGUGCUAAAGUUCCCCCGCGGCCGGUGCCGACGACUCCCGGCUCCUUCACCCUGCUGCAGCCACAGCCCGCCGCCACCCCGGUCAGCCUCAUCUCCCUCAAACCCUCCGCAGGACAGGGGGCCGAGCUGGGGGUCAAAACAGUGUCGGUGUCUGCCGUUCCAGUGGGUCCUGGUGGCGUGUCAGCGGUCCCGGUGAGUCCUGCUGGCGUGUUAGUCCCCCAGAAACCUGCCAUCCAUAUCCCUGAGAGACCGCCGCCCCCUCCUCCAGCACCGCAGGUGUCAGAUAUCUCAUCCGUCUCCCCGCCGUCCCCGGAGCCAGCCUGUGACCUGGUGGACCUGGACAUCAUCUGUGUGGAUGACGACGACCUGGGGCUCAUUGCCAUGGAGACGGCGGGUGAGACGAGGCGAUCCUUGGACGCGGUGGAGGUGAACGAGUCGAGCAGCGAGACGGAGAACUCGUCAGAUUUUAGCGAGACGGACAGCGAAGACGAGCAGGAGGGAGCGAAAGGGCCGACGUCCAGCUUCCAGCAGCGUCUGAAUCACAACAUGUUGGAGAAGCAGCGUCGCAGGAAGUUGCGUCAGCUGUUCGACGGUCUGAGGAGAGAAGUGGGACUGAGUGAAGAGAGGACGCCAAAGAUCGCCACGCUGAAGAAGGCGGUGGAGGUGAUCCAGCAGCUGUGGAGGACUGAGAAACAUCUGAAGAAGAAGAAGAAAAGGCUGAGGAAGAGGAGGGAUGAUUUCAUCACCGUCAUCGCUCCAACAACAGAGGAGAGCAGACAGGUGAGAGACAGACAGGUGAGAGACAGACAGGUGAGAGACAGACAGGUGAGCAGCAGCAGUCAGACCUCACCUGACCUGUCAGAGGGAGGAGGGACAGAUUUGAUGGAGACGUUGCGGCUGUCGGAGACAACGGACGAAGUGACAGAGAACUCGUCUGAUGAGGACAAACCCGUCUUCACAAAGGUGGAGGAUGACGUUGCCAUGGAGACAGUGGGGGAGAGUCGGCUGAAUGAGGCUCAGAGGAAGUUGGCGAGGAUCAUGACGAACGUGGACUCAGAAAGCAGUUUGAGCGUGAAGAAACCGGCCGGAGAUCGCAGCGUCUCAGACGCCCUCAGAGAUCUGCGUUCAGUCAUGAACAUCCAAAACUCCUCAAAAAGAUUUCUGCUCAAACAGGCUCACGAGGAGAUCCAGACCCUGCAGAAUGAGACGAGGAGACUGAGGAGUCUGAAGAUCUGUCUGAACCAGCAGAGAGACGCCUACAUCAGAGAGAUCUCGCAGAGAUCAGGUAAAAGCGAGCAGAGGAUCCGCAGCAUGCUGCAGCACCUGUCGUCCAAACAGAGGAGGUUGGAGAACCAGCAGAGACACCGAGCAGCCAAUCAGCUACCAGGAGUAGGAGGGGGCGGGGCCUGUAAUCCUCAAACAGGAGACUUGACUGAUGAUGCUAUAAUAAUCACAUCCAACCUGCAAAAGCAGCGGACACCACAGGCCCCUCCCACUCCUGUUCCUGCCCCGCCCACCACAACACCUGUCCAAACCCCUGCAGUCUCACCUGUCCAAACACCUGUCCUGCAGCCUCCAAGGGUUCUGCAGCUGUCAAAGCCCAUUCUGGUUCCUCCUGUUUUGUCCCACAGUGCAUCAGUGGUGAGGGACAGGCCAAGGACAAUCCCCAACAUCCUGUCUCGCAGUAAGACUUCAGGUGCAUCUCAGUCUGUUAAGACUGCGGUGCAAACAGAGGUACUGUCUCUGGUCGGCACUGCCUUGCCGGGACAACAGGUCCUGACCCUGAGCCCGCUGAUGACGGGACAACCGGUGCUGCAGACGUCUUCUACACCAGGCGUGGCCUCAGUUACCCUCAACAUCCCCAAUCUGACCAAUCAGCAGCUUCAUCUCACUCCACUGCCCCAACCCCCACCUGGUAAGAUCUACAGCAGCUCCGCCCCCCUCACCAUCACUAACCUCACAGCUGCAGACCUCAAGAACCUGCUGCAGCUGGUUCAACCUGCAACACAACAACAACAACAACAACAACAACAACAACAACAACAACAACAACAACAACCAGAACAACAGGAAGUACUACAAACACAACAACUCGUGCUACAGCAGCCUCCUCUUUGUCCUCCUCCUGAGCAGCAGGAGGUCUCAGCCCCUCCCCCACCUGCUCCUCCUGCUCGCCUCCUGGUGGUCUCUGCUGGAUCAGACGUCUCCUCAGAGCAGGUCAAAGCCCAGGACGGGCCUCCUGACGCCACAGCUGAGUCUCCGUCCUCAUCUCCGCCCCCUGGAGGUGGAGUUGAUGGGCGGAUGGAGGUCGCAGAGGCGGGGCCCCUGGGGGCGGGGCCUCAGAAGGAGACCAGAGAGGACGAGAAUCUGACGUCGCUCCUCAACGAGAUCGUCUUCCUCAAUCAGCAGACCGUCACUACGACGGAGAAACCGUCCUCUAAAGACGCUUUGAUGGGCGGAGCCGAGGAGCAGGGACACACCCACAGCCCCUGGCUCCUGGAGCUCAACUCUGAUUCUGAUGAAACUGUUGCCAUGGAGACGGGGAAGGCGGGGCUCAAUGACCACAUGGAAAAGAUGCCCAACGGACCGCCGCCUGCCAACGGCUACGCCAAAGGCGCUGUUCUGGCUCCGCCCCCUCUGCUGCAGAUGAAGGUGGGCGGGGCCAAGAUGGCAGACCCCGCCAGCAGCGAUGGCGCAGCUGCGGGAGACGGAGGAGCAGAGGGAGGGGAGCGGAUGGAGGGGGGCGUGGCCUGGAGGCCGAUGCCGAGGCUGGUUCCUCUGGGGCUGCGAGGGAACCCGCCCAGCUGACAUCACGCCGCCUGCUGAUGAUGUCACAUCACAGUCUGGACUCCUCUGCAGGCUGCUUUCUGAUUGGCUGCUUGAUUUUAAUUUCAGGGCCAAUCAGAGGGCUCUACAGCGUUUCGUUUUGUUUACAGACGACAUUUGUUUUAUUUAUUUUCUGCCUUCACGGUUUUCUGAACUGAAAGUCUUCAGCUCCGUCCACUCAGGUUUCAGUUGACUCUCUGAAGGCGGCAACGUGUAACCAUGGCAACUGUGAGGAGACGUUGAGUCUCAGAUGAAGAUUGUUGCCGCAAGAAAUUAGUGUUUUCAGUCAAACCACUGAUGAUGCAACGAGUGCCUCUCUGUGUCCAAAGAUGUGCGUGCGAGCGUGCGUGCGAACGUGCGUGCGCGCAGAUGUCAGUCACGUAUCCCAGCAGCCUCUCUGGUUUGAUUUUAAGCGUUUUCUGUUCUGAUGUUUUAUAUCAGAGACUCUGAACAUUAAACUGCAGUUUUGUUUA